GGGGAAACGUCGAACCUGUGCAGCUACAACAACUCAGGGAAGAACUCGAGGAAGUGUUGGUGCAAGAAGAAAUUUUGUGGUGCCAAAAAGCCAAGUUAGAAUGGAUGGCGUCGGGGGAUCGCAAUACAAAAUACUUUCAUGCUAGGACGUUAAGCCGUCGCCGAAGGAAUCGGAUCUCUGCACUAAAGAAUGCAAUGGGAAACUGAGUUGAUGACCAACAAAGCUUAUUGGAAAUGGCUAGGGACUUUUUCCAGAAUUUGUACACUGAUGAUGGCAGCCCUACAAGCGAUUUACCAGCUGCUUUUCCUCAGCUCUCGAUUGAUGAUUGGCAUACGGUGGCAAGGGAUUUCUCCCAAGAAGAGAUACACUCGGCCAUUAAAGCUAUGGGGCCUCUGAAGGCCCCCAGUAAGGACGGCCUUAAUCCGAUGUUCUAUCAGCCUUGCUGGGAUACAGUGGGUCAGGCGUUGAUAGCCUUGGUUCAAGCUAGUUGGCGAACCCAGAGCGUGUUAAAGAGGUCAAUGAGACGACAUUGGUGUUGAUCCCCAAAAUUCAGAAGCCAUGGUUAAUUGAUAAAUUCAUGCCGAUUAGUCUAUGUAAUGUGUCUUACAAGACUCUAACGAAGUGCUUGGCCGAACGGAUCAAAAUUCUUAUGCCAAAGUUGGUGGAGGAGACACAAACCAGCUUUGUACCAGGGAGACACAUCACUGAUAAUCAAUGUGUUUUGCAGGAAGUGGUGCAUUCCAUGAGGGCCAAACGAGGACAAGUAGGCUGGAUGGUGCUGAAAAUAGACUUAGCCAAAGCCUACGACCGUAUCAAGUGGAGCUUUGUUUGUGACACGCUGCAAGCGGUGGGUGCUCCCCCCGGAAUUUAUUGAGUUGACCAUGCAGUGCACAACCUCCGCCAUGAUGCAGAUACAGUAGAACGGAGGGCUCUCGGAACAGUUCACACCUUCGCGAGGACUCCGACAGGGAUGCCCAUUGUCUCCAUACCUCUUCACCCUCUGUAUGGAGAGACUGAGGCAUCUAAUUAAGGCGAGAGUCACAGAUGGUAGCUGGAAGACAAUAAAGAUAUCCAUGAAAGGUCCCCACUUAUCUCACCUAUUUUUUGCUGAUGAUCUAAUUCUCUUCGGUGAAGCUUCUUUGGAACAGGUCCAAGUUAUUACUAGUUGUCUUGACGAAUUUGGAGCAGCCUCAGGCCAACAGGUUAGCCGACCGAAGUCAAGGGUGUUUUUCUCGCGUAAUGUUUUACAAGGCGCGACUAGCAAUAUCAGUUCGGCGCUGGCUAUCCCGGAAACUAAAAAUCUGGGCCGCUAUUUGGGGGGCCCGGUCAUCCAUGAUCGAGUCUCAAAAGCUACCUACUCGGAACUGAUUGACAGAAUUGAUAAACGGCUAGCUGGUUGGAAGGUUGCCUCAAUGUCUCUAGCAGCUUGCAUUACUUUGGCCCAGUCAGUUCUUGUGGCUCUCCUAGCCUAUACGAUGCAAACUACAUAGCUACCAGCUUCCGUGAGGGACUACAUUGACAAGAAGAUAGGAGCUUUCAUCUGAGGGAGCUCGGAAGUAGAGAGAAAAAUUCAUCUAGUAGACUGGCAGAUAGUGUGCAGUAGUAAAGAGGAAGACAGGCUGGGUUUCAAGAACGCGACUAAGGUGAACGAAGCCUUUAUGGUGAAGAUUGCCUGGCGCUUGUUUACUGAACCUAACAGCUUAUGCACUCAAUUAUCAAGGGCAAGUACUUUCGGCAAACUGAGACGGGGUGGCUGGUGAGAAAUUCAGGGAGAAUGUCAAAUAUAUGGCAAGGAGUUCGACAAGUGCUUCACCUACUGCCGGAUGCUACGAUGUGUCAAGUUAAAGGAGGACAACAGGUCUUGUUCUGGGAGGACAGAUGGUUGCAGGAUAGGCCGCCACUCUCUGUUUUUGCGAACAAUCUACCGAAUGAAGCUCGCCGCCUCACGGUAUCUGAAAUGAUUUUAAAUGGGGAUUGGAAUUUUGAUUUCUUGCAGGCCGUUCUCCCGAAAAACCUAGUGAUGCAGAUCCGUCUCCAUCCUUUCCCCCAAGGGAGUGAUGUUGAUGUCCCCAUAUGGCGCUUCACUCCUUCGGGAAGGUUCACUCUUAAGACUGCUUACGAGCUGACACAAGUAGAUGCGGCGGUGCAGCCUCAGCCAGAGCCAUGUUGGAAGGCGAUAUGGAGAACCCCGUCACCGCAACGUACGCGCUCUUUCCUCUGGCUUGCAGCGCAUCAAUGCUUACUAACUAAUGCUGAACGAUCGAGGAAACACCUGGUGCCUAAUGCCACCUGCCCGAUAUGCAGGGGUGGGCCAGAGACCAUUCUACACGUCAUUCGUGACUGCCCGUAUGCCAGAGGAGUUUGGUCGCAUUUCUUAGCUGAGGAACCAAACGAUUUGUUCUUCCAGAGCAAUUUAUCGAGUUGGAUACGUUACUAUGUAACGGGACGUAGUGGGGUUAUAGAUGCAUCCCUGUUUGCUAUUUUGUGCUGGAAAUUAUGGAAGAAUAAGAACAUCCAAGCCUUUGAGAAGAAGCUAGCUACGAUGGAGGAGAUGAUUGCUGCCGUGACGCUCUAUGUGCAGCAAGUGCGCUGGGCGUUUGAAGGGAGAGCGCAGUCAUGGGAGGUAAUCGCAUGAAACAGAGCUCAUUUACCCAUUGGAAACCUCCGCCGUCGGGAUGGACAUGUUUGAACACAGAUGGAUCAGUAGCUAUUGCUCAGGCAAGUGCAGCGGCGGGUGGAUGCCUGCGGGAUGAAGAUGGGAGGCUGAUCCGAGCCUUUGUAGCCAAACCGGGGGGGGGGGGGCUCCAUCACUCAUGCGGAGCUAGCAGGUAUCGUUUUUGGGUUACAGAUGGCGUGGGACGCUGGAGUUCGGCGAGUUGAAGUCCAAUCGGACUCCCGCAUAGCCAUCCAGCUUCUUCAAUCGGCGACAGAGUUCCACCCGCACCAUACAUUGAUAUCGACGGCAAGGCAGCUAUUACAGAGGGAAUGGCAGGUGAAUAUCGUUCAUACAUUUCGUGAAGGAAAUUUUGUUUCUGACUUCCUAGCUUCGCAGGGCCACGAAUACCCGAUCGGGAUUCACCCCUUUCCGGGUUCUAAUCCGAACCUACUCCACUGGCUUCUCUACGACCGUGUGGGAGUUGUAGUCCCCCGCUUUGUUAAUGUUUUAAGGGUUGAGUGCCCCUACCGCUCUUUUCAUUACCAAAAAAAAAUUGAUAUACAAAAUACGAGUACGAAAAAAGUGUAAUAGUUUUCUAUUGUGAAGAAAGUGUAAUUGGUACCAUGGGAAAUUUAAAGUCAAGUUCCAUUCACACCCCGACAAGUCAACAACCAUCUAAAGUGGCAGUUGCUUGAUUGCUUUUAUAUCAGAUGAUGGUGUCAGUUUGGCUUCCGUCGACCGAUUUGGAGCAUUUCAGCCUCUACAUCAUCAAUGUUCAAGUGUGUUACCUGGAGAAGUUAUGACUUCUUUUUUCUUCUGGUAAUUUUUUAGUGAAAAACUAGCUAUAUGAUUAAGUACCUAAGAUAUUAAAUCUACAUUAUGUUU